ACGAGGGCCAAGCGCGGGCCGGACCUGAAGGAAGUUAGCUGCAGAAGCCCAGAUAGCGGUAGAGAGGCACUCGGACCCAAUGGCGACCUCAGGGGCCAGCGGCAGCGGAGGGAAUGGCGAGGGCUGCGACCCCUCCGUCACCUACUACCGGCUGGAGGAGGUGGCGAAGCGAAACUCCGCGGAGGAGACGUGGAUGGUGAUCCACGGGCGAGUCUACGAUAUCACCCGCUUCCUCAGCGAGCAUCCUGGUGGGGAAGAGGUUCUGCUGGAACAAGCUGGUGCUGAUGCAACCGAAAGCUUUGAAGAUGUUGGGCACUCUCCUGAUGCCAGGGAAAUGCUAAAGCAGUACUACAUUGGUGAUGUUCAUCCGAAUGACCUUAAACCUAAAAAAGAUGGUAACAAGGAUCCUUCAAAAAGCAGUACAUGCAAAAGUUGCUGGGCAUAUUGGAUUCUCCCCGUCGUGGGCGCUAUUCUUGUAGGUUUCCUGUAUCGUCACUUCUCGGCCGACAACAAGUCCUCCUGAGGAGACCAUGCUGAAGUGUGGGAGCGCAUGCUCCUGGGAGUGAGAAGCUGACACUUUGGAGGCUGCGCAAUGCUUCCUCCUUGAACCCUGCCAGUUUCCUCCCCUGCCUGCCCCCCUGGAGCCAAGAUGUCUGACUAGAUAUCUCUUCUCCUUCAGUAGGACCAGGGUCCUUCACCAGCCAGAGCCUGAUGCCCAAAGCUCCUGCUCACAUUGUGUCCUUGCCAGGGUUUCUUCUCACUGGCUUCCACCCGUUCCCUUCAUUUCAGAGUUUAUGUUGAUGAUUAGACUUCCUAUGUUGUAGAGUCAUGGCCUUCGGGGACAGUAUAUGAUUUCUGAUGCUCUGAAUUCACAUUGGGUAUAUUUAAGGGAACAGUACUCUAGUUUUGAAUCUUUUCCUAUUUUUCUUUUAAGUAAAUUUAUUUUUUAAUUCUGAUUUAAUUUUGUCAUUUAUCAUCAGGGGGUUUCAUGAAGUUAAGAUGUGUCUAUCUUAUUUAAAACACAGCUGCCAAAUGAUCUUAUUUAUGAUUAUUAAAAGUAAGGGGCUGCAAGAUAGAUUGUUGGGUAAAAGCAAUUGCUGCAAAGCCUGAUGUCCUGAGUUUGAUCCCUGGAUGCACAUGUAGAAGGAGUGAACCAAUUCCCAAAAGUUGCCCUCUGACCUCUACAUAUAUGCUAUGGCCCUAAUGUACACACAGACACCGUGUAUACACACAGGUACACACAUUGAGACAUAACACACAGAGGCACAAGCACAUGCUAAACAAAUGUAAUUUUAAAAAAUAUACAAAAGAAAUAAAAAUUAAAAAAAAAAGUACUAUGUGGUUUUCUCCCUCCCAGAUAGUCUAGCUGAUGGCUCCCUCCUGUCCCUAAGUUCAGCUCCUUUCUUCCCAAGAGUACUUUACAAACUGCAUCCCUUUGGUUUCUGAGGUGUAGAAGAGCGGAAGAAGGGAUCAGCGAGUUGAGGUGAAUUCAGAAUGAUCUCUUUUAAAAAGAGAACAAAGCACCACUUACAGAACAGCAGUUUAAAGAGUGACCGUUGGCACACUCUCUGUGGUCUGACCCCAGUUUCUAACCAUCUUCCACCCUCGCUGUCUGCUGGUAAAAAACUCACCAUGAAGGUUGCUGAAGCCUGUGGUUGUAUCUGUGUGGCUUCGUGGAAGGCUCUUGCUGCUAUUUUGUUUACUGAUUAACUAAUUUUUAAUUCCCUGUUUUACCAAAGUAAGAAACUCAAGUUUGGCUUUAUCUCAGUAAAAUAACUUUCAUGUAAAUGUCAUUGUUGGGGCAUGCCACUUAAGACAGGAGACCUUGCCAAGAGACUUCUGAUUUCUGUUUUACUUUCAUGGCUCCAACUUAGUGAUUUUGCUCUACUUUUCUCUGAGGGUUAUAAUGAUAAAUCUGGAAGCUUUUCCCUUCUCCCUUGGAUAUGUAUUUCAUUGGAGAGUAGUUAACCAUUUAAAAUUACUGUUUCUCAUUGGUCCGGGCUUUCUCCUGACCUCUUUGACUUUAUUCUUUUCCCUGUGGCAGUAUCUGACAGUUUCACAGUUAUUUUUUACCCACUAUCUAUGAUUUUCCUCCACAUCCUUUGUUCAUUAACAAUCUGCUUCUGGACUGUUGUCAUGCCCAGCAGGAAGCCAGUGAAUUCUAGAAGGACCAGAAAUGCUGGGAAGUGUCUCCUGCCUCCCUUCCAGCUUGCCAGGGGCUUGACAGGACAGGAAACUGCACAUUAAACCAGUCUGCCCAUGCAAUCUAUUUAAGAAAAAGUUCAGCCCAGGACUUCUAUUCUGUGAUUUAACAACUGAAUGAAUUCAGAAUUCAUCAAAAUAACAUUCGCCUUUUUCCUUGCAUACUUGGAUAUGAUACUUUAAUUUCUAGAUGAUUUCUAUAUAUCAGAGAUACAUACUUAAUCACUUUUAUCUUUAGAAAUUUUGUAAUAUGGUAGAUUGAAAGAAAGUGGCAUGAUUGAGUACAUCUCCACUUAAAGGCAAGGAAGGUCUGUGCAGUGAGGCUUGGGGUCCACUUGCCUGAUAGCCAAGCUACAUGCAAUAUGUUGGGUAGAUGGGAAGAACAAAGGCACGCUGAAGCUCAGGAAGGGACAUUCAUGCUGACACUAGGCCUGAAGAUAAUUUGCAACCUCUUUACAGCCAGUGAAAAGCAUCUGGCUAUAGGAAAUGUUAAGAACUGUUUUUGGCUCAGUGGUAGUGGCACACACAUUUAAUCCCAGCACUUGGGAGACAGAGGCAGGAGGAUCUCUGAGUUUGAAGCCAGUGUGGUCUACAGAGGGAAUUCUAGGACAGCCAGAGCUAUAUAGAGAGACCUUGUCUCAAAAACACCCCCCAUGCACACAAAAAAACUUAUUUUUUAAGUAAAAUCGGUGUUUUGAUAUUUUUAUGGUAAACAUCAAUUCGAAAAUGGUGUUUUUCUAUUUCACAUCAAUGUUCUUUUCCUGCUUUUAUCUGAGCUUGUUUCUUUUACUGAGAGCCAGAAGGAAAAGAUUGUCAUACUUUGUCUUUGCCAUUUAUGUAAUCCACCUAAUACCCAGGGCUUCUUUUGAACUACUGAUAAUAUAUAUCAUUUUAUAUUAUAAAAAAACAUGCAGCUUUUUGGGGGGGUGGCUAGGCAUGGUGGCACAUGACUUUAUUCCUAGCACUUGCGAAGCGGAGGCAGACAGUUCUUGAAUUCUAGGCCAGCCUGGUCUACAUAGCAAGCUCCAGGCCAGCCAAAGCCACAUAGUGAGACUCUUGUCUCAAAUCCCCCAAACCCCUUUUAUGUCUGUUUGCUGUAAUUCUGUUGCCUAUAGCAACAGCUAGGGGGAGAGGUAUGUCUUAGGUGAAAGUUUGUUGAGGCUUUUCCUGAACAAAGCAAUACAGCAUGUGCACCAGAUGCAUUAAAAAAGACAGAACUUGUCAAAGAAGCAUUGACAUUUGUGGGUUAUGCUAACUUAUUGAGAGCAAGAGGAGCCAGCCCCUGUUGGCUGACAGUACUCCCAACCUGUGAGGUGUUUGGUUGUUUAUUCAUGAAGUGGCCAGCUGCCACCACACCAUACAAGUUAACCGAUGGUGAACACAAAAAGGAAUUUGUGCUACCAAGGCACAGGGUGUUAAUCUCUAAAAGUUCUUAUCUGGUCCUGGGAGCUGGUUUUCCCUUCCAAGUGACUGCGUGUUUGUAAAGCACUCAGUGGGACAAAGUUUGUGGACUGUUUACAACUCCUUGUGUGAUUACUUGAGCAGACAAGUCUGUCCAAAGCUACCAUCUGAACUGGUAGGUAGGCUCUUUGAACAGUUGCCACCGGGGCUUAUGAUGUGGGGUUUGUGCUCAUUCAGUGCUGGGAGCAGUGAGAAGUGCUUUUACAAGCCAGAUGUGUCAUCACAUGUGGCAUCCAUACUUCAUCUCAGGUGUACCCAGCUGGCUGACGUCCACCUGAGGUGACUGAAGCACGGAACAUGAAUGUUCUUUGCCUCCGACCCAAGGGAAAUGGAUUCAAACAUGUCAUGUCUCAACAAGAAAUUGGAGUUUUGAAGCUGUGUGAUUCAGUUGCCAAAUAUCUCAAAGUAACGGAGAGCUCCAUCAUAUUUGGCCAGCUUUGCGAUUUACGGGGGCAGCCCAGGAGGGGGUUUCUGAAGAAGCAGAGAUGUGCCAGUCACCUGCCUUAUGCCCAGUGUCUUAAUCAUGAAUUUCAGUGGCCACUCCUUGCCCCCGCCUACGUCGCCUACACUGGCUGCUCAGGCAGAACAUCAGCUCAGUUAUUUAACUUGCUUUCUACUGCAGCCUCAACUGGGAGUGACUAAUAUUAACAUUCCUUUGUGUAUUCAGUGAUGGAGUUUGUUUACCUAUUUGAUUUCAGCUUAUUUUGAACAAAGAUCUUUGUCUCUUUCUACUGGAAUGUGCACACAGUGAAUGUUUGUUAGAACUACACAAUAAAGAUACUGUUUUCCUUUU